CUAAUAAAACCCCUUGCAGAGUUUGUAUUUCGCUGCCUCUACGGGCUGAUGUCGUGAGCUUUGUAGGCUGUAGCUAUGGAGGGAAUACAGAAGAUGAUUCGCAAUGUUACCAAAGACUCAAAUUUGGGGUCCUCUUCAUCAUUUGAAACGUCUCGUUUGGGCGAAGGACUCUCUGCUGCCUUAUCCUCAGACCAUUCUCGCGUUCUGGUCACCAGAUCUUCCAGCCGGGUGGUAUCACUGUGGACAUGCUCAAAACUUUGUGCCAUAUGUUUUACUGUUGGAGUAGUCGUGGGUUACACUUUGAAGCGUCGUGUACGAAACUGGGCUUCUAGGCUUCUUAAGCGGUUGAAAGAUGAUUGAACACUGUUUGAUCCUCUAUACGAUGUUCAGUUUUGAAUUUACCUUUAACAGAUAGAUUGCCCCCUUAAUUGUAAACAUUUACAUAAGAAAAAUAUGCAAUUUGGAUACAGUUUUUCUUGUUA